AUGCUUCGUUCAAAGUCACCAUUCAAAAAACGCUCUCCGAAAGUCGACAGCUCCGAUUCAAUUCCCGCUCCACUGUUCUCUGUCCAUCAUUUCUCUAGCGUGCAAGAGUUUCAAGAGUUACAGAGGCAGCAACAGUUACUCAAUGGCAAUGCGUGGGCCCAGCAAAUGGGCCGUUCACGCGCGAACUCCGUCAGCGUCAAUGAGCCGAACACGCCACAGACCGCCAUGACGAGUGUUAUCCAGUCGCUCGAGUCUACUGAUCACUUGUCGUCAACGGCUAUGGACGCAACAACAGCAAGUAUGAAAAGAAGAGUUCAAGUUCCAUUGAAGCUCGUCCCAGACAAUGCAAUGGGUGCCGUCCCAACACAGCGCGAUGACCUCGAAAACAAAAAGCAUGCCCUAAUGCAGAUGCAGAUGAACAUGGCCACACUCGGGAACAUAAGUGAAGACAACGCUAGAUUGAGCACAGAUUUUAGCGCUGCCGACGUCUCUAAGGCCGACGAGCAGCAUGCCUCUCGCCCGAAAAGCCCAGGUAAGAAGCUUUUCCAGAAGUUCUUCCGACACUACACUUCGUCUGAGACACCACCUAAAACAUCCCUGGAGUGGGAGGAGACUCCUGAAAAGGCUGUGAAAAUCUUGGGUAAAGAGAGUUUGAAACGAAGGAAAGAAUACAAGACCGCCACGAAGCAAUCAGGCACCACGGAAGGGCUUCUGGAUAGUCUGGAUUUCAAGUGCAUAGGCGCCAGUGUCCACAACCGCUCGGCAACGACGUUGUCGGCCAAUGCCUCCACACCCUCCACAGCUGAGUUUACCACACCUACAGAUUGUGGGAUUCCGAGCGUGGGAGAGACUGGUCGCCAGCCGAUGCGAGUUUCCGCGAGCACAGCGCAGCCUACCGUGAACGACGCGGCGACGCUGGACACCAUUUCGCCGUCGAUAGAAGGCAAGUUGGAUGGCUCAGGACAAGGCCUCUGUCUCCGCAGCCCAGAGAAGCACCUACAAUACCUCAAUAACAUCAUUCCACCGACUCCACCAAGCAAAGAAAGUACGGCUUUUCCAGCCAUCAUAACAAGAUCUCCCCUGGAUGUCAAGAAAACGAAAAAUGACAGCCCUUCUGACACACCCAGCUCCAUGUACUGUAUGUUCAACGCUAAGCGCGAGGAACAGUCAACGCUCCCUGAACACCUGGGGCGGUACUGCGGAAAGGAGUACCUCAACCUUGUGCUCAACAAACCCAGUUUCUCCUCGUUGCGUGACUCCCCAUCCAUUCGGUCAACCUACGGCUUUGUCGUUUCCCCCGCAACAGAAUUGGCCAAUGGCAGCACCUUCGAUUCUCCCAUCACACGCUUCAUUGAGUCACCCAUCAUUCCUCGCUCAGCUGGCCUUUCUAUGUCACGCAACGUCUCUUUGGAGUCUAAGACGACUGAGACGACACCUCACGGCCGUGCGCUUAGCCGGCGGUGGAGCGAUGGUUCCCUCGCAGCAUGGAAGGCGCAGUCUGAAAAAGCUGUGCCGUGCCUUCCUCCGGCGUUCUAUUCACCCUACGGGUAUAUUGCACCAGGUUGUUACGCGAACUUCGCGCGUCCCAGCACCAACGAAGACGUCUCACUCUACUGUCUUCCACAAGCUUCCGUUGGUGAACUAGAGAGCUCUCCUCCCCAGGAUUGCACCGCUGUCAAACCUAUGCCUAUUUCACCUAAGCCAUCAUUUGAGUUGGUUCAAAAGAGCAGCGACGCCAGUAAACCUCACCAGGACGCCACACCGUCUGCAAAACCUCGAAAGUUCGUUGUCAGGAAGCGUUGCUCAUCCGAUAUCGCCGAUCACGCUCGCAAAGACGUCGUUGACGGGCUUGGACUUUCGCCGCUUAUCACACAGACCAUGCAUCACAUCUCUGGGCAGACUGGGUCUGAGAAUUCCCCGUCCCCAGGUGGUCCGCCGAGCGCUAUGCCACCUCCACUCAAUGUUUUUCGCAAUCCGUCAAUGGGGCCACUGCCGGCGAAGGAUGAACUCGACGCAUUCUUGGCGCUUCAUCUCCACGUUGACGGUAUUGCGAGUACGAUCCAUAAUCUGAUCGAUCGCAAGGUCGACGAGAACAUUCAGGUUACGACGUCCAAGCAUGACGAGACACUGAAGAUCCUAUCGACCUCGUUUGAUGAUAUCUUGGCAAAGAUUGGUGGACUUGACGAGCAGCUGCUGAAGACACAUGACAAUCUCAAUGCCUUCAAGUCGGAUAUGAAUGAAAAGGUUAUGGCCAUCAUCAAUGUUUUGCAAGACAAAGUGCUUGAUUCAAUGGACAAGAUGAUCGAAAGCAACACGCUACUGGAUCAAUCUGUUGCUCAGCUUAUUGCGCGCGUUGUUGACUUGGAGAAAAACCAGAAGGAUGUCCUUGAUAUCCUGUCAACCCAGGGUUUGCAGGAGGAGAAGAAUAUCGCGCAUCCGCCCGUCAGAAACAACCGCAGUCCCUCGCCUUCUUCUGCAAACCCGUCACCGCACCGUACAUUUGCAGCACAUAACUUCGCCGUCAGUUACCCAACAGCAUUUAGUGCAACCCAUGUGACUUCUGCUGGAGGCACACUGUAUCCUUAUGGGCCGUAUGCAGAUCCUUUCACAGCUCAUCCAAACUCAUACGUGCCUGCACAAGCCUGGAACGGUCAUGUGAUUGAGGCAAGCUUCGCAAAACUGCCCAAGGAACAGCGAGCUCAGCAUUUACAAGCUCGAUACGGCGGGGGUGCCCAACUGCAUCGACAUCCUGCAUAUCGCAAGCACGAACGAAGUAGCGGUGCCGAGACCAAUUUAAGUAGAGACGGGGCGAACGGUGCGUGAAGAUGCAUGGCAUGAUGAUCUUGCUAACGCUUCAUAAAAAUGAAGAGGACGAGAACAUGGACUGGUAUUGGGAUCCGCUGAGAAGCGCGAGGAUAUGACAGUGCUCAGGAUUGGGACGCGAUUUGUAUAUGAGAGCUAUCGCUUGCCUUGAAAGUGCUCGCAUAGGAUCGCAAAGUUAUCAAUAGGACAUACAGUGGGAAAGUGCGGUCUCGCACUCGUACUCAUAUUGUGUGACCGGUCUCGGAUCCGUGGCGUUCUCAAUUGCUACCGUGGGAUAUAAAUAACAAUGCAAAAUCCAAUACUCUGUAUGAGGGCCAGAAUGUAAUUAAAAGACUUGGACUUCUUGAAGAUUACACUAGAAUCGACUUUCAAUGUCUCUCGUACAUA